AUGGCCAAGGAUGACCUCAUCCCCUGUAAGGAGGCCGGGAUCCGCUUCCGGGUGGGUGACAUCAUCCAGAUCAUCAGUAAGGACGACCAUAACUGGUGGCAGGGCAAGCUGGAGAACACUAAGAACGGAACCGCAGGGCUCAUACCGUCACCAGAACUACAAGAGUGGCGUGUGGCGUGUAUCGCCAUGGAGAAGACCAAGCAGGAGCAGCAGGCCAGCUGUACCUGGUUUGGCAAGAAGAAGAAACAGUACAAAGACAAGUACCUGGCCAAGCACAACGCAGUGUUUGACCAACUAGACCUGGUCACGUAUGAAGAGGUGGUCAAACUGCCUGCGUUCAAGAGGAAAACACUUGUCUUGUUGGGGGCCCAUGGAGUUGGCAGGAGGCACAUCAAGAACACGCUCAUCACUAAGCACCCAGACCGAUUUGCCUACCCCAUUCCUCACACAACCAGACCUCCAAAGAAGGAUGAGGAGAAUGGGAAGAACUACUACUUUGUGACUCAUGACCAGAUGAUGCAGGACAUCAGUAACAAUGACUACCUGGAGUACGGUAGUCACGAGGACGCCAUGUACGGCACACGGCUAGAGACCAUCCGCCAGAUCCACCAGCAGGGUAUGAUCUCCAUACUGGACGUGGAACCACAGGCACUCAAGGUGUUGAGGACGGCUGAGUUUGCCCCUUACGUUGUGUUCAUCGCAGCUCCCACCAUCACCCCUGGAAUGAACGAGCUUCCCAAGUGGUGCAGGAAACUGCCUGAUGACUCCCUCCAGCGGCUGCAGAAGGAGUCAGAGGGCCUCCAGAAGACCUACGCCCAUUACUUUGACCAGACCAUCAUCAACAACGAGAUUGACGACACCAUCCGUCUGCUGGAGGAGGCCGUGAACCUGGUGUGCACCACCGCCCAGUGGGUCCCUGUGUCCUGGGUUUACUAACCCCUGAACCCAGAACAUCCAUCCAACCAACCCCAGACCAACACCAAACUCUGACUUUCGUCCCCAAUUCCCGAACAAACCCCGGUUUUCUUUUACAAUGCAUCUCUGUGGAACAUCUCCGUGGAACAUCUCUGUGGAAACCGUGUAGAUGAAGGAAAAAAUGAAUGAAAAAGGACUGAAACCGCCUCUGAAACCUCAGUCAGUCCUCCUGCAGAACAACAGUGACUUCUGUCCCCCUCCUCUCCACUCCUUACCAACUGCCUCAAAGGCACAUUGUUGUGUGUGUGUGUAUAUAUAUACAUAUAUAUAUAUAUAUAAUAGAAAAAUAAUAAAUAUGGUCCUUAAGUUGAA